ACUUUCCCUCUGCCGGAGCCGGCAGCGCCGGAGCGGAGCGGACGGCAGCGCUGCGCACGGCACGGCGCGGCGCGGCGCGGCACUGCGGCAGCGCCGCGCUCCCCCCGCCCCGGCGCCGGCAUGGUGCUGCGCGGGGCGCGCUGAGGGGCACGGCAGCAGCGGGCGCUGCCGCGGGGCGGCGGGAGCAGCCGGCGGGCAGGAUAUUUUAAACAUUAAAUUGCACAGAUCAAAGUAGAGCUCUCCUGUGACCUCCUCACCUCAAGGGCCUGUAUUGAACAGAACCAAUCCCAGUUCCCAGCCAGUUGUGUAUACCACUGAAGGAAAAUGAACAUACUGAACAGCCACCACUUUUUGUACUUUCUACCUACCACACGCCUUGUCAUCUUAUUAGCAGCUUUGACAACUGCUGAGGAUGUGACUAAUAGCACUUUCAACCGCACUGACAUGAACAUGGGAUCCGUGCCUGUGGUGAUCUCCCGCAUCGACCAUAUUAUAGUCAAGGAGGGGAGUAGUGCCUUGAUCGACUGCAAUGUCCAAGGUAGUCCUAGUCCACAUUACAGAUGGUACAAUUCCAAUGGCUACCUGCUCAAAGAGGAGGAGAAUAAAGCAGGAAAAUGGUGGUUUCUUGACAAUGGGCUAUUAAACAUUACCAGCGUGUCUUUCAAAGACAGAGGUAAAUACACGUGUGUUGCAUCUAAUACAUAUGGCAGUGUUAACAAUACUGUGACGCUGAGGGUUGUCUUCACCUCCGGAGAUAUGGGAAUCUAUUACAUGAUUGUCUGCCUUGUAGCUUUUACCAUUGUUAUGAUACUGAACAUUACUCGGUUAUGUAUGAUGAGCAGUCAUCUGAAGAAAACUGAGAAAGCAAUCAAUGAAUUCUUCAGAACAGAAGGGGCAGAGAAACUCCAGAAAGCCUUUGAGAUUGCAAAGCGUAUCCCAAUUAUCACUUCAGCCAAAACGCUUGAGCUUGCCAAAGUAACCCAGUUCAAGACCAUGGAAUUUGCUCGCUAUAUCGAAGAGCUUGCUCGGAGCGUACCUUUGCCACCUCUCAUCAUGAACUGUAGGACUAUAAUGGAAGAAAUUAUGGAGGUUGUCGGUCUGGAGGAGCAAGGACAGAAUUUUGUACGGCAGACAGCAGAAGGCCAGGAAACCACUGAAACGGAUGAGCUGUACAUGAUCCCAAAUGCUUUGAAGCGCAGUGACUCUCCCACAGCUGACUCUGAUGCAUCGUCACUGCACGAGCCACCUCAACAGAUUGCAAUAAAAGUAUCAGUUCACCCAUUAUCUAAAAAGGACUGCAUGGACGGUCAGUCACAAGAAAGCAUGCAGUUGGACACCAAGGAAGAAGACACUUCUCAAACACCAGCACUUCCUGCAGAACCCCUUCCUGAGCCUUCUGCUGAACUCAGUUCUGAUGACACAGCAUUGGCAAAUGACAAAAAUACAUGCAUUAUAUAUGAAAGCCAUGUAUGAUAGUUACUCCUGAAUCUAUGCAUAGCAGGAAAAUCAGGUGGAGCUCUUUUAAAAACACAUAUUGUAAUUGCCGCUAAGCCUUACCUGGAGACUAUCAUAGCAAAAGCAUGUAUGUGGAUUAUUUGGCACUUUCUUCUCAGUUUGACUUUAGUUUACCAUGAUGUAUGGCAGAGUAAUUGCUAUUACAUUAAUAUUAAUUGCUCUUUUUGAUUAGGAGUAUUUCCAAGAAACAUUUACCUCAGCAUUUUCUAGGUUGGAGUCCCCUAUAGCGGCCUCCUGAAAGUCAUUGGUAGCCUUCAAUGUAGGACACUUGAACUUACUAAACUUAAAACUGGAUUUCAUUUUCCAACUUGACUCUCGUUAUUUCCAUCUAUUGCAUUUUUGCAAAUAUUACCUUGUGAAUUUGAAAUACUGCCCAAGAGGCAGCACUCCAGUAGCCAAAUAAAAUCCUAAUAGAUCCCAUUUACAAAACCUGUUUGUUCAGCUGCAUUGUCAUUUAGAGGGCUAUUAAAGAAAGUUGAAAUGUUUCAAUUUCAUUUGAGACUACACUGCUCAGGCACAUGGGAAAUAGUUUUCCUUUUUCCAUGGAAUGAAGAUGCCAACAACUGGGAGGUUUUCACAUCAAGAAACAACUUUGAAGUGUAUUUUACAGAUGGGAAAGCCUGUAAACAUCUUACAGAAAGUUGCAGUCCAACUGCUCUGCAGGGUUUUUUGCAUAUAUUGGACCAUUUUUCACUUUGCCAGAAGUUUAUAUGGAAAACAACUGCAAAUAUGCAAGAUGUCUUUUUUUUUGUAGUAAUUUGAUAGGGGUAAGUAUGCACUACCUUACCAGAAGAUAUGCAGGUUCCUUAACAGUCCUGCAAAUGCCAGUCAUCAGCUGGUAACAAGGCUGAAAUGGCAGAAGACCCUUUUACUGGGAUUCUCAAUUUGGUGCAGAUUCAUAUUUUGAAGACCAAACCUAAGUUCAUCUAUAAGCAUAAGUUUGACAGUGUUUUAUCCAAACUAAAAAAAAAAAAUAAUUGUCCUGUGAAAUUCCAAUGACGAUCACAUGAACUGUUUACUGUGUUGUAAUUGCUGUGGUAUUUUACCUCCUACCUAUGUAGGAUGUUCACUGCUUGAGUACGUGUCCCUACCCCAGUAAAGCUUUAAUGAUCACAGCAGCUGGGGCAUUAAAAAGGGUCAAUGUUUAUGCCAGGAAAUGCCAGGAGGGGAAAGGAAGUGAUAAUUUCUAUUGUAAGCAGAGAGUAAAGAGGACCUUCUCUGGAGUGAGACUGGAAUGAAAGCACUUCCAGGGAGGAGUUUGUGUAAGAUUCAUAGCAUAUUACUUAAUUACCUGGCACGCAUUUAAUUUGGAACUAAUGAACAAACUAUCACCUUAUAGUUUUUAAGAAGGACUGAAGUGUAAGUACAGAUACUCAAAAUCAAUCUGGAAUUAAGCAUAUUGCAGAAAAAGAAGUUACUUAGGUCUUUGGGGAGAUGAGGUAUGGAUUGCUCUCUGGACAUUUUAUUGAAGUAGCUACAUCUACAUAAGGUGUCUGUUCAAGGCAGUCAGGUAUAUUAACUGCACAGGGAACUGAGACCAAACAAAGCCAAUGUUGCAGCUCUCUUUAAAAAUCCUUGAAAAUGAACUGACAUUUUAUCUCAACUUCCUCACAUUAAAGUGCAGAGCUUCACUACCAGCUUAAAAGAGGAACACCCCAUGACUUAAGUAGAUGAUGCAGAGAAGGCUCCAUAUUUACCUUUCUACAGUUAUUAAAAGAAAUACAUGUUUAAUAAGGGACUUCAGAUUUUGCGACCAACUUGUGAAAAUUGCAGCAUUUAAUUGCGUAAUGUUUGCUUGUGCUCACCACAGUGGCAGGCAUCUAUACAAAAUACAUGUUUGCACAUGCCCAAAGGGAAACAAGGGCAAAGCCCAUUUAGGACUAUGGCUGGAAACAUUUUAGUUCCAGUGAAGCAAUAUAAAUCUAGAACACAGGGUAAAUUAAGGGAAUACCAUAAAGAACCUCACUUCUGACCAGUGUGAUUGAAAAUACUACUGAUGCAAACUGUUAACUUCUUGUCUGUGUCCAAAGUAUGUUUCUAUUUAGUGUUUGCAUCAGUUUUUCAAGUUACUUAAUUUGCUUCUGGUAUGAAAAAGGCUGAGGGCAGAAACAAAAGCAGGAACUUGCACUAAAUUCCUUUAAUUCACCUUAACCUCCUGAAAAGAGGCAUCUUGAUUUUUCUGCCUGACCAGUGUUUACAAACAAUGCUCACGCAUUCUGAAGUUACCUGCCUGGUGCGCAACUAAGAUUGCACAGAUGAGCAAGGAUGUUUUCCUUGAAAACAUAAAAAUAGCUUUUAAAUUACACUUUUAAAAGUUUCAAAAUUAUUUAUUUGAGUAUUUUAACUGUUUUCUAAUUAUGAGCUUUUUAGAGUAGAGACCAGACCCCGUCGUGUAUUCAUAUGGUGAUUGGUACCAGGCAGUUCUGAUCCAACUGCUGCCCUCAGGCUAUCCUCUAGCCUGUUUAUUAUUUAUUUAUUGAGAUACAUUAGAGAGCAAUCAAUCCCUAUGGUUUUCUUCAAGAUCUCUGUGUAAACUUCUGUGAAGAUACAGAUUUUAUUUUUUUUUCCCCAAAGAUUGCCCACAAAGAGCAUGUAUUUGAAGCACACACAAAUGUACAUUGCAAACCACAUAUGAGCAACAGUGUUUUGGCUUAGAUGCACGUAACAGGUCUAGUGCUCCAGCCAGUCUGCUAUAAAUUCUUCAGACAUUUAGUUUUGUGGUGUUACGGGAAUAAAAGCAGAACAGCACUGUAUCUGAAGAAAAUCUGAAGAUUGUAAUGGUUCUGGUUUAAGUAUGUUUUCUGCUUUCAUGUAUGCCGCUCAGUAUCUUUAUGCAUUCGUUUACUGAUCUUAAAGAUCUUUUCCGACAUAAAUGGUUCUAUGACUCUGUGAUAUAAUACCUGUAAAGCCUAAAGCUUUCUACAUGCUUUCAGGCACAUCCUUUGUGGGAGAUAGAUGGGAAGCAAGACCCAGACCCAUCUUCCCUGUUCCAAACUUUCUGUCUAUGCUAUUAUAAAAUAGACAAUUCUAUCCUGCAGUAUUUCUUAGGGAAUGGCCAUUUUACGGUGCAAGAACACAAUUAACAAAUAUAAAAAUAAUGAUGGCUCUAAGAAAAUAUUAGUGUUUGCAUUGUAAUAUAUAUUCAUGCAACUUAAGCACUUUCAGGGACAUUACAGCUAUCUGUUCCCAUCAUAGACUAUGCUCUAUUUAUUAUAACACUAAACAUUAAUGGUUCUUACAACACUCAAUCUGGAAAAUCCAGUCCAACUGAAUAUGCAUUCUAAAUGUAUAAGGAACACUGGGCCAGGCUGAGAAAGGAAAAGAGACUUGCAGAAUAUAUUUACACCAUUGUAAAAUAUUUUGCCAAAACUUCAUGAAACAUGACUACAUUUCUGCAGCACAAGAAAGCAGUGUUAGAUUUGAAUUUUACACUUAAUAUUCUUUUCUCACUAAAUCUAAGACCCCAUUAAUCAGACCACUUGAACAGAGUAUUAUCUACUUACUCAACAUUUUCUUUUUGAGCAGCAUUUGUUUACUGCUGGUCCUUUUUUGUUCUCUGAUUUGAGUAUGCUUCUGAUGAAACCUGCCCUUCAGUCAUUUUUUGAGAUUGUCAUUUAACAAUUUUAAAAGAACCCAUACAUCAGCAUUUUAAUGCAGGUUUAUUGGUGUUAGGUAAGGCACAGCACUUUGUUCCUGUGCUUAAGAAUUACUGUAUAGUUAUAAGAUUUGCAGAAUGGCAUAUAUGGGCAGAUGUUGAUUUUUUUUUAAAUCAGUGCCUGUUUUAUUCUAAUGUACAUACUAUGUCAGUUCCUCAAUUUGCAGUUACUCUUUGACACAAGUACUGUAAUGUAUAACUAGGGCUUUCUGACGUUCAGUUUGGUUCAGAUCAGUUAAUUCUGGAAAGUGUUAACAGUGUCAAAUUUUAAAAUUUCUCAUGGAAUUUCUUGGCAGCAUGCUGUUUUAAGAGUAGGCCUCUUAACUAUGCCAUACUUAGUGGGGCAGCUGAAAGCUUCUUAGAUGCAAAGGAAAUGCUUGCACUAAAGUAUCUUAAGUUAUAUUUCAUUUAUUAUGAAAUCCUCUUUGAUUUUACAAGAAAUGUAAGACAGAUAUGAAUGUGUUCUUUUGAGAAGCGGUUACUUAUUUUGAUUGAAAUAACUUACGAUUUUAUAGUUCACAGCCAUAAACCACAAAGAGACCAGUUCAUGCUGAAGUGGCAAAAUAAAAUGUGAUCCAGCUUGUAAAUUGAUUGUUGUUUCAAUAAAGAAUUUGCACAGAGUAUGCUGAGUUUGUACAUACUCAAAAGGAUAACAGUUUCUUAGUAAGAGUAUGCUGUGGCUCCAGCUCAAGUGGAAGUGAAUUAUGUAUUCCAUUGUACAUCUGCUAAUAUUCCAGAAACUUUGAUCAGGAGAAAGAGUUAAUUACCUAGAAAGGAAGUUUUAAUAAAGCUCUGAAAAGGAGCUGUUGUUGUUAUCAGAAUAUAGACCUAAUCAUUAAUCAGUAUUGUUAUCAACAGCCUAAAUUGCUCAUGUAUGUAACCAAUCUCUCUUUGGAAGCAUGUCAGCAGUUCUGCAUGUAAUCCAAAGGACUUCCUUUGUCCGCUGUUUCCUCUCUGAGCCUUGUCAUGGGGCCUUGCAAAAGUAUUGCUGCUGUUUCAGAAUUGGGGGCAACGAGUAAGUGUCUCCCAGAGGCACCCUAGUACCAAGACAAAAUAAAAUCUUGAGUAGCUAUACCCACGCCCCCAUUUCUUCGCCCACCCUAAAAGGAUGAGGUGAAGUGGCUUUCCUGUACCACAGCAGUUGGACUGUAUCACUCCCUAAUAGUCUUCUGCAGGACUUGGUUGAAGCAGACACUGUAAUACCUUGUCCUGGCUCUGCUACACAGCUGGCAGCCACUGGCAGUCAUUGACAGAGAUGGAAUGGGGGAGACUUGCCCUUUCACACAUGAAAGAUUUGCUCUUGCCAGCUGCCUGUUCUAGGCUGAAGAACAUAGCCAACAGUAGGAAAACAAUAGCUAUUUUGUGUUUCAACUCUGCUGUUAGAAAGAGUGCUCCAAUUCUGAAAAAUAUUUUCAGAAGCAUUGUUAUUUAACAGUUUCAGCUGAGUUAAUGGGGGUGAGACGUCCACAAUUUGUGGACAAAUUUCUACAAAAACUAGUGAAGGAGUCACAAACUGAUCAUAAAAAUGGAAUACAUAUGGCUAGAGCCAUAUGCUAUUUUAUUGUCUCAGCAUGGGACCUUGUCUUGCAGUUCGAUAUGCUGUGAUGGUUUUUUUUCAUCUAGAACAGCACCACCUCAAGCUGCUCCCCUCCAGCACGCUGAACUCCUCCAGCAGCUUUGCUGGAGCAUCUUUCAGGAAGGUGGGGUACCACCAAGCAGUUGGUCCCCGUGAGCUACGCUCCUGAACACUGAAACAGGCUGCUCCCAGUCUCAGUGCUUCUUAUGAUGAGAGGAUCUUUAUCAUGUGGAGGAGACUGCCUUACAUCAGUACUACAGAGGCACUCCAAAACUAAAAGCUGCUGGUGGGUAGUAUCUGCACAGAGAUAAAUGUGUGGACAGUGGGGCCUCUGCUCUCCUGCUAAGACUGGAGCCAGGGAAAGCCGGUGCAUAGCUCAGGGCUGGUAGCUCAGAUACUGGCAGUGCUACAACACUACUUUUCCACAGGACUGCUGAUUUUCUAACCUGCACUGUGCACUAGUGCCUGGAAUAACCAGCUAAGACUUGAGAAUCAGUUCCUUUUCAGCAUCCGUUUCUUCCAUCUCUUCCUCUCCCCAUCUUACCUUCCUGUGCUUUUUUCUGUCCCCACCACUUCUGCAGUGCUACUUCUCAAGUGAGAACAGGGCGAAAUUAGUGGUCAGGGCAAGUGUUUCUGCACUCCAGGUACUUCUGUUCCAAACUGACCUUUCAUUAAGCCCCAAAAUGGAUUUUGUUCUUCCCCCAGCUGUAUACCAGGCUCUAAUGCUAUGUACUAUAUUUAGUUCUCUGGCUCCCAGGCCCAAACUGAGUCAUUAUACUCUUAGAGUAAAGGCUGACUUGUGAAUCCAUAGCAUCAUAUAUAAGUCUAUAAAUUGGUUAAAGACAAUAAUAUAAACUGAAGCUAAGUUCCCUAUUUCUUAUACAAAAUCAGACUGCAUGGCAGACUUAAGAUGCUCAAGUUAUGCAAUUAAAAGCUAUUUCAUACCACAAUAAGAUGAGGCAAGAAUGAGAAAAAUUAAUAGCCAACCUUAUAUAGCAUGGAGAAUACAUGUAAAACCCUGCUUAUGGUUAAGUAGAAAUUUAGCACCAGUAUCAAAUCAAUUUGCUCUUCUAUAGCUGCUUUUUAUUUUGAGAACAGAUUCCUUUAGUAUCUACUCUAAGCAGAACUUCCCUAUGUGGGCAAGCACCUUAGGUGCAGAAAUAGUACAAGAGUUAUCAGAAGGAGCCUUGUCUUCCUCAUCUACCAUUUCUGACUAUUUAGCUAUGCAUCAAAGGCCAACCGGAUCUGGCCAACCGCCCUGUCCUGGUGUUGAGCCACAGAGUUUGGGAGCUUCCGUUCAAGAUGCAUGAGCUGGUUUUUCUGAGAUGUCUGUCUUCUCUUGCAUAGGUUUUGAUUAUACCACCCAAUAAACCACUCAUUUAUUAAUGGCACCAGUCAUUCUCAAUUGGUAAUUACAGAGAAGAAAAAUAAAUGCCGCCACCACUUCCCUCUUUCUGAAGCCUCUUAUCGCUUCUACCUCAAGAUUAGCCCUGAUGGACAGACAGCUCCUGAGUUGUUUGGGUAUCCUUUAACUCAUUCCUGCUGGGAAACACUACCUUAGCCAGAAAGCAGGAUUAAAAAAAUAAUAAUAAUAAAAAUUUUCAGCCGGAAAAGAAUCUCCCUUCUAAGGAGACAAGCAUGGAUCCUGCCUGUUAAAAAUGCUUCAUUAUCCUUCUCUCUAAUACGCACAGAGUAAACAGCCUCAGGAAAAGGUGGUAAUAAAUAGAAAGAAAUUUAAGAAGAUUAAAAUGGAAAAUCUUUCUCCUCACUCAAAACAUCCAGAGGUGAUUUAUCUUCAAAGUAUAUUAAAUUCUAACUCAUUUAAUCAUGUUUUGAUGUGCUUUUAAACAUACUCAAGUGGAAAAAAAGGAGAUGCCUAAAACCAAUGACAUUUUCACCACCAACCCCGUAGUAAAUUAUCACAAAAGUACAAAACAUAUUGCCCAGCCCUUCUCUCAAGAUACCAUUUAUCAAGGAAGAUAUUUCUAGUCCUUUUUAUGGCUCUGCUUAGGUGACUGCAGCUUCCUUAAGAGAUUGGUGAAAGUGCAUUUCUUUUCUGCUGUCUUCUUCUUGGUUAAAUAUUCUAUACCCUAUAUGAUCUCUUCUUUAUGUAUAAAAAUCAAUGUUCCAUUGAGGACUUAUCUUCUUGCUUCCCCUCCCCAUCCCAUUUUGAUACCUUUUUUUGUGUGUUUUGUUUUACUGCUUGGAUUUUGGAUUGUUUGCCCUAAAGUUCCUCGUGUUUUAAAAUAAAUCAGAGGAUCCUAAUUUUUUUUUCAGUUGCUUGUUUUGGGGCAGGAUCACUCACACCUAUCUGUAUAAUUCAAUUUUAAUUAUACAAAUGUACAUUUUACUAUACCUAGGUUGGUGCAGGAUGAACUAAUCAACAGGCUGCAGCAGAUUUCUUUUGCAGAGCAGUGCCAACAGAACAGGUAAAGCCAUAAUUCCCAAAAUACAAGUGAAAUAAGUGUCUUCAGUCAUAUAUGGGUCUAUGAAUAUAUGUUCUUCUGUUUGUUCACUUCAAAAAAGCCUUAAAUAACAUGUUUCUUUUGUCUUAGCCUCUCAUCAUUGAUGGAAUAACACACUUGCACUGUCCCUACACUUGUACAUCAGCUAUCCAUUAUCUGGAUUGGUUUAUCUUAUUCAUCGGAUAGCAUGCCAAGUGCAGGGGCCUCUCUACAUUAGAUAUUUGUGAAAAGACUGUGGACAGCUUGGUGACACUAUGUAAAUGAUAUUUAUUUCAAAUGCAUUCAUAAAUGCUUUUUCACAUUCUUUUAACUGAAAUGCUGUAUUUCUAUAUAGGCUGAUAUUUACAGAUCGAUGGAGUCUGUUUUUCUGUUUUAACUAGAAACUCCAGUUUUUCACAAGUGUGCAGUAAAAUGACAGUAAUCUGCUGCUGAAUAAAGCUGCUUUUGCAACUA